AACCGUGCGCUCACACUUUGCCAUCCAGCCAGAUACAGAGAAGCAAUGGGAGACGAUAACUGAGGCAACCACAAAGAGAUAUACACUGAGACCGACUAUGGCUGUGGACGCUGCGUUCAGCUUCUGCCAUGCAUCCCUGGAGCAAACCGUUUCUGCAGAGGAGCUAAGCUACCAACUGCCUCGCCGGCCAGCGUCUAGUCUCACCUGGCAUGAUGGGAGGGGACAGAUGAACACGUAUACACGCGCCGUCAAACUACUGCAGCAACCUGGCUCAAAGGGCAUACAGCUGCAUCCAGGAGAAGCCUUCACUGUGUACCACACCAGCCCUACGCUGUCCAGUCUGUCCAAACCAGUGGUGCUGUGGACCCAACAGGACGUCUGCAAGUGGCUAAAGAAACACUGUCCACACAACUACCUAACCUAUGUAGAAGCCUUCUCCCACCACGCUAUCACAGGUCGCGCAUUGCUGAGGUUGAACGGGGAGAAGUUGGAGAGGAUGGGCAUCGUCCAGGAGACACUGAGGCAGGAGGUUCUACAGCAGGUCCUUCAGCUACAAGUCAGAGAAGAGGUCCGCAACCUGCAACUGCUCAGCAGAGGUGAGAGGGGGCUAAGGACCGACCGUGACGACUGGCAGUCCGCCUGCACCGACGCUCAACACGGCAGGUGUGAUUGCCAUGUAAGACCGGGAAAGGCGCAGCCCUACGGCUUGACCCGUACGUGGGUGACCCGGGCCACCCAGCCGGACUCCGACAUUCCAGCCUUCAAACAUGUAAGUGUUACACUCCCCAAAUAG